GCCGGGGCGGUGUGACGCUGGACAUCGGCCCGGACGCAGGCGUGAGGCAGUCGGAGCCGAGGAACCCCAGCGGCGUCCCUGCGCUCCAGUGCCUUGCUUCGGUGCUCCGCGGCGGCGCCUCGAGAGUUCGCAGGUGGAAAAAUGGCGUUUGUGAAGAGUGGAUGGUUGCUGCGACAGAGUACUAUUUUGAAGCGUUGGAAGAAGAAUUGGUUUGACCUGUGGUCAGAUGGUCACCUGAUCUAUUAUGAUGACCAAACUCGGCAGAGUGUCGAGGAUAAGGUCCAUAUGCCAGUGGACUGCAUCAAUAUCCGCACCGGGCACGAGUGUCGGGAUAUUCAGCCUCCAGAUGGGAAGCCAAAAGACUGUAUGCUGCAGAUUGUUUGCCGAGAUGGGAAAAUUAUCAGUCUUUGUGCAGAAAGCACAGAUGAUUGUUUGGCCUGGAAAUUUACACUCCAGGAUUCCAGGACAAACACAGCUUACGUUGGCUCAGAGGUCCUGUAUGAUGAGACAGCUGUGGCUUCUUCCCCACCUCCUUAUACAGCCUAUGCUGCACCAACCCCCGAGCAGGCAUAUGGCUAUGGUCCAUACAGUGGUGUAUACCCUCCAGGAACUCAAGUUGUCUAUGCUGCAAACGGGCAGGCUUAUGCUGUACCCUACCAGUACCCAUAUGCAGGACUUUAUGGACAACAGCCUGCCAACCAAGUCAUCAUUCGGGAGCGGUAUCGAGACAGCGACAGUGAUCUGGCACUGGGCAUGCUGGCUGGGGCAGCCACGGGCAUGGCCUUAGGGUCUCUGUUCUGGGUCUUCUAGAGUCCUUCAGAUCUGGAUAUGCAUAGCUUCUGAUGCCCUGUGUGCAAUACUAUAAUUUGCAGGGUGUUUUCUGUUGGUGAUAAAUGUUUUUAAUAAUAGUUUGAAUAGUUCUUUUGAAAGUGGUGACAUCAUAGUUAUAACUAAUCCAUACACGUACUGUAGAGAAGGCUUCUGAUUUCUGUUUAGCUAAAACAUGACUCUGGGGCACUGGCUCAUUCCAGGAGUUUGUUUAUAGAACUCUCGGAAUACCUUAUUUUGAACAUACCUGUUUUGAAAGGCGUUUUCUUUUCAGUUAGGUGUAGUGCUUAAGGGACAGUUUACUUUAGUGUUAUGUUAAUAGUAUGGUGAUGUAUGAGUGAGUUAUGUGGCAAGGAGAACUGCAGCUUCUUUCUGUUUAAUAUCAAACUUUCAAGCCUCAGAUCAGAACUGGCUGCAUGUAACUUGAGGAAUUAUGAGCUGGUAAGCUCUCAGGAACUUCCCUGAGGCAGUGGGGUUGGUAUUCCCACGAUCUAUGGGGCCAGUGACUGCUCAGGAUGGUGGGGGAGGGGCAGCCCUCCCUCCCCCUCCCCCUUUAAAAUGAUGCUUCUUCAUUUUAUUCUUUGUUUUCUUGGUAGCGAUACUUGGAAAAUAUCCCACAUUAGGAAUUGACUUGAGCCUCAAAGUUUUAGGGCUUUAUCCUUUAAAACUUGAAGAAGGCAAAACAGUUAAAGUAUGUGGAGAUAGAUUUGCUUUAUUCAGAGACAUUAUGUUUUUAGUGUCUGCUUUGAGUAUUUUUAUUGCCACCUCAGCCUACUUAUAGCUUAUUUUUCUGCCUGUUGAGAAAGUGCUAUUAGAAGAAUGGUGAGGAAAAUGGAAUGAGAGCCAUACUUACAGUGUUACUGUGUUAGGCCUCCAGAGAUUGCACUGUGCAGAGGAUGCUCUUUCCCAUCUUUCUGAAGGCUAUUAAAAAGCAGGUGUCCUGUUUUGUGCAGGACUGGGGCACUGUGGCUGUCCCCAAGCACUAGGGUGCAUGGAGCCCUGGUGGUGGCAUAGUGAGGGCUCUUGGACCAUGGCUGUGGGGGAGACUCAGGUUAGAGAUGGGAAAUGAAGCCUAAGGACUUGAAUGACUUGCUGUCAAGAUAUUAGUGAACCUGACCAGGGCGCCAGCUUUGUUUUUAUUCCUGACUCAGGUGUCACAGAGAAGCUUAAACAUUUAAUUUUGAGCCCCAGCUAUGUGUGAAGCUCUGGAAAACCCAUAAUCCUGCACUUCUCUUAUUUAUGUGAAUUUUUAAAGCUUCUAAUUAGUCCAGUUUUCUGUCCUGCAUGCUUUAAAAAAUGUACUUCUACCAAGGCAAUUUAGCACAGUAGUAGUGCCUGUCCUCGCACUCCGUGUGGCCCUGUUUCCACAAAAUACGCUCCUAGUGUCACAGAAUGUUUUUAUUUUCUGUGGCCAGUUACUUAUAUAGCUCAUUUGUUUUACUGGUCAACUGAUUCCAACUCUGAGCAGACUUAAAUAGAUCUGCAUAUGAAGCCAUCUGCCAAGCGACCUUUCCUGGACAGUUCUGGUGAACCUGCUGCUACUGUAGAGUCUGUAUCUAGCUGAAAGGAGGUGCACUUGACUGUCACCUCUUUGGGUAUUUUGGAUGGUAGAAAAUUGCCACAUGAUGUGUGACAACACUGGUUUUGAUGGUUAAAAAUGUUGCUUUUACGAUUUUACAUCCUAUAUAGUAAGAAUGGCUUUGUUGAGAUUGUAGUCAUUACUGGAGCUGGAUGCUUUACUAAUAAAAUAUUAAACAGUUUUAAUGUUGCAUUGGGGUAUUAAUUUUGAACUUGGAGUUACUGGAACCACAGACUACUAAGUUAUGUCACUGAAAUGCACAGGAAGCAGAGUCCCCCCACUGACAGAAGGGGAGGUGUGAAUUGAAGCUUGGGCACAUGUUGUGCACCCUGUUGGCCAGCCUGAUUGGGCAGACAUAGUUGAGCCUGGAAAUUCACUGUUGCCAGUGACUUGAUGCUGAUAUGAAAUGCAUAGUAGUUAUAAAGAUGGGCUGAGAUACUUCAUUUCCCUGGUCCAACUUCCAAAGAUGUUAACUCUGUGAUCACCUCAAUUUAUGUAAUCCUAAAUCAACAAGUUAGAUGAGGUGGAAGGAACUUGUUCAGGUGUGAGUAAGCAUUCCGCGUUCAUAUGUACUUCUGUAUAAUGUACCUGGAAGAAGUUGGCCACUGACAUUGCACACAUGCCGAUCUGAUUUUUCUUUUAAUUCCUGGAGUGCACUUCGGGUCAUAGUAAAGAGAAGGAAGAGAGCAGUGGCUGUGUUUCAGAUGAUCAUCCUGAAACAGGCCAGGCCCCAAGACCUGGAUCAUAAGGAGACGUUCCUGUGUUUGAGACGAAUGUCCCAACUUUAUUUUCUACAUCAGUUAUGAUCCUGUUUCAUUUUUCUUUCUCCUUCCCAAGUUUAUGUAGACAGAGACUUGGAAUGCAGGUCCAUUUUUUUCCCCCUAGAAUCGAUCUAUUUUCUGAUUGCUUCCCUGUCUCUUGUAUUCUCUUGUGUCCACAGAACCUGUUUUUCCCUAUAUGUGCAAAUUGUAUGUUUAUAAGUGAAAAUGUUAAUACAUUAAAUGAUUAACCAUAAA